AUGUCAAUGAAAUCGAAUUCAGCAUUUCAACGUCUUCAAGCUGAAUAUCGUCGUUUAGCUAAAGAUCCAAUACCAUAUUUAACGGCUCAACCAUUAUCGUCGAAUCUAUUAGAAUGGCGUUAUGUUGUACGUGGACCGGUCGAUACGCCUUAUGAGGGUGGAAUAUAUCAAGGAAAAAUUGUUUUCCCGGUUGAAUAUCCUUAUAAACCACCUAGUAUAUAUAUUUUAACUCCUAAUGGUAGAUUUAAAACUAAUACAAGUUUAUGUUUAACAAUAACAUCAUUUCAUCCUGACUCAUGGAAUCCAUCUUGGUCAAUAUCAUCAAUACUAAAUGGUUUUCUAAGUUUUAUGUGCGAUACCAGUGCCACAUUCGGUAGCAUAGAAAGUACAUAUGCACAGAAACGUAAAUUUGCAUACGAUUCAUUAUCAUUCAAUAUUCAAGAUUCAAUAUUUUGUGAAUUAUUUCCUGAUAUAACGAAUGAAAUCAAAAGAACUUUAGAGGAACGAACUGCUGAAUUGUUAACAAUAAAUUCUAAUUCUAGUUCUAAUAUUAAUAAUCAAAAGCAACCUAUAAUAUCAUCAACAUCAAAUAGUGAUUCAUCAUCAGCAUCUUGGUUUAAUAAUCUUAUUGGAAAUCUAAUGAUUCUUGCAUUAUUAGCUGUAUUUGCUCUGGUCGUUCGAUUUAUUCUUAACUCUACUGCUGAAAUACAAUAA